UUGAAAUGAGUGCCACUGCAUCUGCAUCUGCAUCUGCAUCUACAACGACAGAAGUAAAACAACAUCAAAGUAUAAAUGACCAGCCAAAGUCUUUAACAGAGAGGGUAAGUAGGGGCGACAAAGAAGGGAAGAUCAAACUAGAGGGUAUACCAAAGUUUGAAGACAAAUACGAGGAACGUGAGUGGGUAAAAGAGCAUAUGGCAGCUGCUUUUAGAUUCUGGGGUAGGAUGGGUUACGGUGAAGGUUUGGCUGGUCACAUUACCGUUGUUGACCCGGUCGAUCCAAGUUGUUACUGGAUGAACCCAAUAUGCGUGCACUUUGGUGUUAUGACAAAAUCAAAACUCGCUUUAGUCGGACCAGAUGGUCAUGUACGUCCGGAAGGUGCUCAGUUACCCAUAAACACGGCAGGAUUUUAUAUCCAUAGCUCAAUACACAAAGCUAGACCAGAUAUAAAGGCUGCUGGUCAUACACACACACUAUAUGGUAAAUCAUGGAGCGUAUUUGGCAAACCUAUUGAUAUUAUGAGCCAAGAUAGUUGCUUAUUCUAUAACAAUUUGGCAGUUUAUAAGAAUUUUGGUGGUAUUGUCCUUGCCCAACAAGAAGGUGAAAACAUCGCUGCAGCUCUUGGUAAAGCAAAAAACUGUAUAUUACAGAAUCAUGGAUUGCUCACUGUGGGUGAUACUGUUGAUGAAAUGGCGCACUCUUUCCAUGCACUUGAGAGGGCCUGUCAUAUGCAACUCUUGACAGAAGCAGCAGCAGCAAACGGUCAUCAAAAGUUUGUCAUUGAUGAUGAAGAUGCUGCGUUUACGGCAGCUACGCUGUGCGAUCCUGAAGCUACAUACUUGAACUUCAAACCGGAAUUUGAUCUUCUGAUUGAGACACAACCGGAUUUACUUAGAUAGAUUUUAUAUAAGGCACGGAUGUAUUAAGAGCUUUUUGCGUGUAUUUCUUCAUUUAUUUUAUAGAACUCUCAAUAAAGACUGAAUAUGUUAUCAAUACUUU